UGGAGGGAGGGAGUCCCGGUCGCUCCUUUCUCCCAGCGAUGGCGCCGUGGUGCCGCGCCCAGUACCCCGCCGGCCGGCCGGUACUCGCGAUUAUCGAGAACCCCCUCAGGCGGUGAGACUGGGAGCGGGUCCGAGGGAGCGGCAGAGCGCUGCCGGCCACGGGGACCAUGAGGAGCGGCCAGACCCGCGGGGCGGAUUGCGGGAGCAGCCGCGGCACCUGCUGAAAGGAAAGAGGGUGCGGCGGCGCGGCGGCGGCUCGCCCGCACCUCGGCCAUGUCUCUGCUCUGCGUGCGCGUUAAAAGAGCCAAAUUCCAGGGUUCACCAGAUAAAUUUAACACGUAUGUGACCCUGAAAGUGCAGAAUGUGAAGAGCACAACUGUAGCAGUGCGUGGUGAUCAACCUUCCUGGGAACAAGAUUUUAUGUUUGAGAUUAGUCGCCUGGACCUGGGUCUAAGUGUGGAGGUAUGGAACAAAGGACUGAUUUGGGACACCAUGGUGGGUACCGUGUGGAUUGCACUGAAGACUAUUCGACAGUCAAAUGAGGAAGGGCCCGGGGAGUGGUCCACAUUGGAGGCAGAGACAUUAAUGAAAGAUGAUGAGAUCUGUGGAACUAAAAACCCAACUCCUCAUAAAAUUUUGCUUGAUACAAGAUUUGAGUUGCCUUUUGAUAUCCCAGAGGAAGAAGCCAGAUAUUGGACCUACAAAUUGGAGCAAAUCAAUGCCUUGGGUGCUGACAAUGAGUAUUCUAUUCAAGAAGAAAGCCAGAGGAAGCCAUUGCCCAGUGCUGCCGCCCAGUGUUCUUUUGAAGAUCCUGAUAGUGCUGUCGAUGACCGAGAUAGUGACUAUCGCAGUGAGACCAGCAACAGCAUCCCGCCUCCUUACCAUUCGACUUCCCAGCCCAACGCUUCUGUGCACCAGUUCCCUGUGCCUGUGCGAUUGCCACAGCAGCUGCUACUUCAGGGCAGUUCCCGGGACUCUUGCAACGAUUCUAUGCAAAGUUAUGAUUAUGACCUCGAUUACCCAGAGCGGCGGGCUCUCAGCCCCACCAGCAGUAGUAGGUAUGACUCCUCCUGUAAUGUGAGCCAAGGAAGCUCUCAGCUGAGUGAACUAGACCAGUGUCAUGAACAAGAUGAUGACCGUCGGGAGAAGGACUCAAUUCAUUCCUGCCACAGCUCUGGUAGCUUCUCUAGAGAUGUCCAAGUGGCUUUUGGAGAACAAGAGAAAACCUUGGAGGUGCCUGGUGAAGUAGAGAAGGGGAGAGCAUGUGAACCCAAGGAGAUGAAAGAUGUCACAACCCAUCCUACCCCAGAUCUGGUGCUACAAAAAGACCACGUCCUAGGACCCCAAGAGAGUUUUCCUGAGGAGACUGCAUCUUCGCCGUUCACCCAAGCCAGAGCACACUGGAUCCGAGCAGUUACCAAGGUUCGACUCCAGCUGCAGGAGAUUCCAGAUGAUGGCGACUCCUCUUUGCCCCAGUGGCUCCCAGAAGGGCCAGCAGGAGGGCUCUAUGGCAUUGACAGCAUGCCAGAUCUACGCAGAAAAAAGCCACUGCCACUUGUCAGCGAUCUGUCAUUGGUCCAGUCCCGGAAGGCAGGGAUUACUUCUGCAAUGGCUACCCGUACCUCUUUCAAGGAUGAAGAGCUGAAAUCCCAUGUGUAUAAGAAAACCCUGCAGGCCUUAAUCUACCCCAUCUCGUGCACCACACCCCACAACUUUGAGGUCUGGACUGCCACUACCCCGACCUACUGCUACGAGUGCGAAGGCCUGCUCUGGGGCAUUGCCCGGCAGGGCAUGCGCUGCAGCGAGUGUGGAGUCAAGUGCCAUGAGAAGUGCCAGGACCUGCUCAACGCUGACUGCCUACAGCGGGCUGCAGAAAAGAGCUGUAAACAUGGAGCUGAGGACCGGACCCAGAACAUUAUCAUGGCCAUGAAGGACCGCAUGAAGAUCCGAGAGCGUAAUAAGCCUGAGAUCUUUGAAGUUAUCCGGGAUGUCUUCACUGUGAGCAAAGUUGCCCAUGUGCAACAGAUGAAAACAGUGAAGCAGAGUGUACUGGAUGGCACCUCCAAAUGGUCGGCCAAGAUUACUAUCACUGUGGUGUGUGCUCAGGGCCUGCAAGCCAAGGACAAGACAGGAUCCAGUGACCCUUAUGUGACUGUGCAAGUGGGUAAAACCAAGAAGCGUACCAAGACCAUUUUUGGGAAUCUGAAUCCUGUUUGGGAGGAGAAGUUCCAUUUUGAGUGCCACAACUCUUCUGACCGGAUUAAGGUACGUGUGUGGGAUGAGGAUGAUGACAUCAAGUCGAGAGUAAAGCAGCGGCUAAAGCGAGAGUCUGAUGAUUUUCUUGGCCAAACCAUCAUCGAGGUUCGGACACUGAGUGGCGAGAUGGAUGUCUGGUACAACCUGGAGAAGAGGACAGAUAAAUCAGCCGUCUCAGGGGCUAUUCGACUGCAAAUCAAUGUGGAAAUCAAGGGGGAGGAGAAGGUUGCCCCGUAUCAUGUGCAGUACACGUGUCUCCAUGAGAACCUUUUCCAUUACCUCACAGACAUUCAGGGCAAUGGAGGAGUCCAGAUCCCUGAGGCCCGAGGAGACGAUGCCUGGAAGGUGUACUUUGAUGAGACUGCCCAAGAAAUUGUGGAUGAAUUUGCUAUGCGCUAUGGCAUCGAAUCUAUAUAUCAGGCCAUGACGCACUUUGCAUGUUUGUCAUCCAAGUACAUGUGUCCCGGUGUGCCAGCAGUGAUGAGCACCUUACUCGCCAACAUCAAUGCCUACUAUGCCCACACAACUGCCUCCACCAAUGUGUCUGCAUCUGAUCGCUUUGCAGCCUCCAACUUUGGGAAAGAGAGAUUUGUGAAACUACUGGACCAGCUCCACAACUCCCUGAGAAUUGACCUCUCUACAUACAGGAAUAAUUUCCCUGCUGGGAGUCCUGAGCGUCUUCAAGACUUAAAGUCCACAGUGGAUUUGCUGACCAGCAUCACUUUCUUCAGGAUGAAGGUGCAAGAACUGCAGAGCCCUCCAAGAGCCAGCCAGGUGGUAAAGGAUUGUGUGAAGGCCUGUUUGAACUCCACAUAUGAGUAUAUCUUCAACAACUGCCAUGACUUGUACAGCCACCAGUAUCAGCUGAAGCAGGAACUACCUGCUGAAGAACAAGGGCCUAGCAUUCGGAACCUGGAUUUCUGGCCCAAACUUAUCACACUCAUCGUGUCAAUCAUAGAGGAAGAUAAGAAUUCCUACACACUUGUUCUGAACCAGUUUCCUCAGGAGCUGAAUGUGGGAAAAGUCAGCGCAGAAGUGAUGUGGCAACUUUUUGCCCAAGACAUGAAAUAUGCACUGGAGGAGCAUGAGAAAGACCGGCUGUGUAAGAGUGCUGACUACAUGAACCUACACUUCAAGGUGAAGUGGCUCCACAAUGAAUAUGUGCGGGAUCUGCCUGCCCUCCAGGGGCAGGUACCUGAGUACCCAGCGUGGUUUGAGCAGUUUGUCCUACAAUGGCUGGAUGAGAAUGAGGAUGUAUCCCUGGAAUUCCUACAUGGGGCCCUGGAACGAGAUAAGAAGGAUGGGUUCCAGCAGACAUCAGAGCACGCACUCUUUUCCUGCUCUGUGGUGGACGUCUUCACACAGCUCAACCAGAGCUUUGAGAUCAUCCGAAAGCUGGAAUGCCCAGACCCCAACAUCCUUGCCCACUACAUGAGGAGAUUUACUAAGACCAUCAGGAAGGUGCUGAUGCAGUAUGCAGACAUCUUAUCAAAGAACUUCCCAGCUUACUGCACAAAAGAGAAAAUGCCCUGCAUCCUGAUGAACAACAUGCAGCAACUGAGGGUCCAGCUGGAGAAAAUGUUUGAGGCCAUGGGAGGCAAGGAGUUGGAUUCUGAAGCUGCCGACAGUCUGAAGGAGCUGCAGGUGAAACUGAAUACAGUUCUGGAUGAGCUCAGCGUGGUGUUUGGAAACAGUUUCCAGGUGCGGAUUGAUGAGUGCAUUAAACAAAUGGCCGACAUCCUGAGCCAGGUGCGGGGCCCAGGGAAUGCAUCCCCCAACGCCAGGGCCUCAGUGGCUCAGGAUGCAGAUAGCGUGCUCCGACCUCUCAUGGACUUCCUGGAUGGCAACCUCACCCUCUUUGCCACUGUGUGUGAGAAGACGGUCCUGAAGCGUGUGCUGAAGGAGCUCUGGCGGGUGGUAUUGAACACAAUGGAAAGGAUGAUUGUUCUGCCCCCACUCACUGACCACACGGUAAGGACACUUCCCUUCAACUUCCUUCUGCUGUCUCCCUUGCCUUGCUCCACGCUUCCUGCUCGAGUUUGGAGUCUUCUGCUUUUGACUGAUUCCCUCUCUGCCCAGGGCACUCAGCUGAUCUUCACUGCUGCCAAGGAGCUGAGCCAUCUCUCCAAACUCAAGGACCACAUGGUGCGAGAGGAAACACGGAGUCUCACUCCAAAGCAGUGUGCUGUCCUUGACCUCGCCCUGGACACCAUCAAGCAAUACUUUCAUGCAGGAGGCAAUGGGCUGAAGAAAACCUUCCUGGAGAAGAGCCCAGAUCUGCAGUCCCUACGCUAUGCACUAUCUCUGUACACACAGACCACAGAUACACUCAUCAAAACCUUUGUGCGUUCACAGACUGCCCAGGGGUCUGGUGUGGAUGAUCCUGUUGGAGAAGUCUCUAUUCAGGUGGACUUGUUUACACAUCCUGGAACUGGAGAGCACAAGGUCACAGUGAAAGUGGUGGCUGCUAAUGACCUCAGGUGGCAGACAGCGGGGAUGUUCCGACCCUUUGUGGAAGUGACCAUGGUUGGCCCACAUCAAAGUGAUAAGAAGAGGAAGUUCACAACCAAGUCAAAAAGCAACAACUGGGCCCCCAAGUACAAUGAGACAUUUCACUUCCUCCUGGGAAAUGAAGAGGGGCCAGAAGCCUAUGAAUUGCAAAUCUGUGUGAAGGAUUACUGCUUUGCCCGGGAGGAUCGUGUUCUAGGGCUGGCUGUGAUGCCUCUGAGGGAUGUGGCAGCCAAGGGCAGCUGUGCCUGCUGGUGCCCCUUGGGCCGGAAGAUCCACAUGGAUGAGACAGGCAUGACCAUCCUCCGGAUUCUGUCUCAGAGGAGCAAUGACGAAGUGGCUCGAGAGUUUGUGAAGCUCAAAUCGGAGUCUCGUUCCUUGGAGGAGGGGAGCUGAGCACCUGAGCUCCUGUGCCAACCAGAUGGCACCCGUUCCACAAAUCAGGGCCAGUGGGAGUUACUAUGUAGCCAGCUUAGGUCCUCAGAGUUAAGAGGCUGACUUCUUCAGUUAAAGAAAUUUAAGGAAAUUUUGGGGUGAUGGGAGUUUGGCUUUUCACAGAAAGGGUCAUGAACCCCUGACCAGUAGGUCUGUGGUGCUAGGGGUUACUGCAUAGGGAUAUUUUCCAUAAAGAGAGAGGGACAGACAUUUCCUAAAGUGUCACCCAUUCUUGGUAGACACACCUCCACCCCACAGCCCAUGUCUACUCCUCUCCCUACCGCACCUUAUCCAGUUGGACCCCUGUGUACCAAUCACUAGAAGAACAAGUAUAGAGGGCCAGGAGCUUGUGCCUGGCUAGCUAAGUAGUCAGUUGAGCCUAUAGGUAUCACUGAGCCCUGUAGUCUGGAUUGAAGGAUAGCCAGGGCUGGAGCACACAGAAUAGAAUUCACACUGUCCCUUGAGCAGAAUCCACUGGUUUUGUGUGCCUCCAGUGAGAAAAAGGCUUUGAAACUGAACAAGAUACCUCUAGAAAUGAGCUCUGUUAAUCCCUUACCCAGUUCAUAUCUGUCGUGAACAGGAGCAGGUUCAUAUGGUGCUUCAGAGCCUUGAGCAGAAUAUUCUUUGGAACCCAAGUACCAGAGGCUACUUUCCCAGGAGUCCCUCUACCUCACUCCUGUAGGAAGGGAAGUGAUGCUUCAGGACACGAGAGGCUGUUCUUGUGUGUAUGCAUCUGAGGACUAGUUGAAGGAUCCAGGAGAAAGAACUAUAUUUCCUUCUUGGGUAGGCCCCGAACAAAGCCAAAAUUUUUUGGAAAUUAGUCUAGAAGGAGUUCUCCUCACUUAUGGUCACUGCCUUCUGGCCGUCCUCCCCCUUGUAGAAAGAAUCUAGCCUGUGACUUCACUCCUGUCAUUAGGUCAUCUGUGUCCCCCUCAUGGAUAGUCAGCCCCCUGGAAGAAACUUGGCCUAUGAUCCCUCUAUACAGACUGGAUGGAGGAGGGCCUCAACACUCCCGGGAGGUUAGAGACAAACUCUUGCAAGGGGUCAUGUGGGCUUCCCAGGCCUUUGCUCAGAGAAAUGACAUGGUCCUUUAAUAUCCUUGGGAGCAGCUUCCUGGACUUCCUUCCUGGACUUUCUGAGGACUCUGCAUUGACCACAGCUGUACUGGUCAUUACAUUAAACAAGAAAUGAAGCAUAUUUGCUGUUGUUAAUUAUUGUAUGUGCCAUUGUUACAGGAGAUUAUUGGCUAGUCUGUAAUAAAUUAUCUUAUAGCAGC